AUGGUCUUUGCGCAGCGGAGCCACGACGACAUAGAGUUCCGGGUUCCAUCUGGGGGACAGCUUCCCACCUGCUCGACGACGGAAGUUUUGGAUGAGGACACGCUCCCCCGGCAACAGGGGCGCAAGCUUUGCCCUCCGGUCAUAACGUGUACGGUCAUUUUCUUGUCUCAGAGAGUGGCGGUCAGCGGUGGGCCCCAAACCUGUGGUCCAAUCUACCGGCAGCCUUGCAUGUCUCCCAAAUACCAAGUAGUGGGGGGUCAAACCGGUAGUUCCAUGGAGGGUGUUGUUAUAGGCCUGGACAAGUGCUGGUAA